UUGUAUCACAAUCAUAAUCAAUGAUAUUGAAGCUCUCUGAACCGAACUACAAUACUGCUGAGUAUUCUUUCCGUCAUGUUGUUGAUCUGGAAGGCACUCUGAAAGCCGAAACGUCUCUAGCCGCCGCUAACUUAUCGUAAGGUCCACUCUUCGUCGGCCACCUCCGCUACCAAAGGCUCCCCCAUCUGAGCUUCCCACCCAUCCCCAGACAUCUGUAGCACACGACUGAUCCUCACAACGUGUUAUAUGGCCAAUAUGGAAAACACGUACAAGAUGUGGGCGGAAGGAAAGGAGGUGGAAGGUCGUGCGGAGCAACUCGCCAUUGAAGACCCCGCAACUGGGGAAAUCUUCGCGCACUGCCAUGCUGCAUCUGCAGCCGAUGUUGAGGAUGUUGUCCAAACUGCACACAAGGUCUUUAAAUCGGGAGUGUGGUCGAGAGCCCCGCGCCAUGUGCGUGCGGACACGCUGGACCGUAUCGCGGAACUCCUGACCAAGAAUCUCCCAAGACUUAUCGCGCUUGAAGUACAGCAGACCGGACGCGCCAUUCGUGAGAUGAAUGCUCAGGUUCCGACCCUUACGAAAUGGUUCAAAUAUUACGCCGCAUUGAUACGAACAGAGGAGCGCUCUGUCUUGCCUACGGUCGGCAAACUACACAAUUGGGUUGACCGUAAGCCGCUCGGUGUAGUCGCGCAAAUUACGCCGUUCAACCACCCAAUGUUGAUUGCUGUCAAGAAGAUCGCACCCGCAUUAGCCGCGGGCAACUCCAUCGUGCUGAAACCAAGUGAGCUGACGCCGCUCACCAGCAUCGAGCUUGGCAAGCUUCUGAAAGAGGCCGGCUUGCCCGACGGCGUUUUUUCAGUGUUGUCAGGCGACGGUAUCACGACCGGAAAGGCUCUUGUGGAGCAUCCGCUCAUCAAAAAAGUUGAUGUUACUGGCGGCACACCAGCAGGACGCGCCAUCGGCGCCAUCGCAGGACGCAAUCUGGCACAUUACACCGCCGAGCUUGGUGGCAAGGCUCCGCUCAUCGUGUUUGAAAAAGCGCACAUGGAUCUUGCGGUCAAUGGCAUUGUGUUCGCAAGCUUCAUAGCCAGUGGUCAGACAUGUGUGGCAGCGACGCGUAUCAUCGUGCAGAACAACAUCAUCGAUCAGGUAGUGGAGAAGCUAAAAGCCAAGGUGCAGAGCAUUGAGAGGCGGAUGGGCUCGCCGAAGAAUGUGGAGUCUAUGAUGGGUCCCCUCAUAUCGGCGAGACAGCUCAGUAACGUUGAGACACUAGUCAACGACGCAAAGGACGCAGGUGCGACGGUUGUCACGGGCGGCCAACGAAUGACUCACGAAUCUUCACUGGACGACACCGAUUUCUCGAAAGGCUACUUCUAUCCACCAACAAUACUGAUGGAUAGCACCACAAAGAAGAUUGUCGAUACGCGCAUAUGGAAGGAAGAGGCCUUCGGGCCUGUCAUCGUCGUCGUAGGCUUUGACACAGAAGAAGAGGCCUUGGAGCUUGCGAACGACAGCGAAUUCGGCCUAGGUGCAGCCAUCUGGACACAAGAUCUUUCGCAAGCUUUCCGCGUGUCGGAGAGCAUCGAGAGUGGCAUCUGCUGGGUCAACACGCAUCAUCGCAACGACCCGAGUUCCCCAUGGGGCGGGAUCAAGAGCUCGGGAGUGGGUAGUGAGAACGGUAUCGACGCAUACAAUGCGUAUACAACAUCGAAGAGUACGAUUAUAAACUAUGCGACUGCGGACGAAGGGCUGGCUAGCGAUGACUGGUUCAGGGAGGGCGCUGGCGAGGUGAGAUAUGGAUGAGAGAUACCGUGUCUCGAUCUGGUGAAAGAGAGGCCGCUAUCACACGGAACGUAAUGUUUCGUAGAAAGCGUCAUUCUUGAACGUCUCGUGUGCUCUAACAUAAGCACAGUAAAAGAACACAACAACGGCAAUUUCCUAUAUCAUUCCGUACAAGAACUGAAUAGAAGUAAAGGAAGGAAGACAUUGCUGGCGCUCUGGGUAUCCCAGCUGACGCUCGUGAUUUCUAGUAGAUGGUUCUGCUCAUUUCAAUAUCUCAUCAGAUCAUUG